AUGAGUGAGUCAGCGGCAUCCUCAGAACGGCAGCCCCUCAUGGAUCCCAAGCAGAGCGCGACGGUCAGCAGUCACUACGGCGCCACGGCCGACGACACCGAGAAUGCCUAUGGAGCGGCGGGACUCGGCGGCGCGCACCACGCCGCCCAGGACGGCGACCUCAUCACCCGCUCCGAGGCCCAAAACCUUAAGCGCGGCCUCGCCCAGCGCCAUCUGAGCAUGCUGGGUAUCGCAGGCGCCAUCGGCACGGGUCUCUUCCUCAGUCUCGGCAGCGCGAUCCAGACCGCCGGCCCGCUCGGUGCGCUGCUGGGCUAUGCAGUCAUUGGCCUCGUCGUCUGCGCCGUCCAGUUUGCUCUGGGUGAGGUCGCAGCCCUUCUUCCCGUGACGGGUUCGUUCGUGCGCCACGCCGAGUUCCUGGUCGACCCGGCGCUUGGCUUUGCCGUCGGCUGGAACCUGGUGUACGGCAAUAUCCUGAGUAUCCCGGCCGAGAUUACGGCUAUCUGCGUCUUGUUCCAGUUCUGGACCGAUAUCACCCCUGUCGUGUGGAUCGUGAUAUUCAUCGUCCUGACUAGCGCCGUGGGAUUUGCCUUCAUCCGAGUGUUUGGCGAGAUCGAGUUCACGUUCGCGAUGUUGAAGAUCCUGCUUGUGGUCUUCUUGAUCAUCCUGGGAUUGGUGAUCAACCUGGGUGGAAUUCCGGGCACGGAGCGGAUUGGGUUUAGGUACUGGCACGACCCGGGCCCUUUUGUUGAGCUGCUCCCCAUUGCUUCUGGGGACUGGGGUCGCUUCCUUGGAUUCUGGAGCGUCAUGACUGGUGCUGUAUUUUCGUUCGCCGGUGUUGAGUCCUUGGCAAUGGCGGCUGCCGAGGCUCGCAACCCCAGACGUGCCAUCCCGAAGGCUUGCAAGCGUGUCUUUGCGAGGAUUGUCAUUUUCUACAUGCUGGCAGUGCUGAUCGUGGGUAUGCUGGUUGCAAGUGACGAUGAGAGAUUGGGCGACGACUCAGGCACUGCGGCCACGAGUCCUUUUGUGCUUGCUGCUUCGGCUGCUGGCAUCCCUGCCAUCGCCUCGGUGGUCAACGCUGUGGUCAUCACGUCUGCGUGGUCGGCGUCCAACCAGAGUCUGCUUUCUGGCACGCGUGUCCUCUACGGUCUUGCGCUGAAAGGCCAAGCACCUAAGAUCUUCCUGCGAACGACUUCCUGGGGCACUCCAUAUGUGUGUGUGGGGCUCUUCUCGCUUUUCAUGCUGCUGAGCUUCAUGAGUCUGAGCGACGGCGCUUACACGGCCUUCUGGUGGCUGGUUGAUCUGACGGCUGCGGGUGUGUUGAUCAGUUGGUCUACCAUUCUUUUCAACCACUUGAGGUUGAAGAUGGCUCUCAGGAAGCAGGGGAUCGACCCUAGCAGACUGCCGUGGCACAAUUCGUGGACCAUCUACAGCUCAGCUAUUGCCCUCCCGAUGUGCAUUCUCAUUCUGCUGACCGGUGGCUUCACGACAUUCUGCGAGGGACAAUGGGAUACGGCCACCUUUAUUUCGUCCUAUCUGGAUAUCCCAUUGGUUCUCGGAGCCUAUCUCAUCUGGAAGUUUGUCAAGAAGACCAAGCUCGUGUCGCUCGACAGCAUACCUCUUAUCGAUGCACUGGAGCAGGCAGAGCAGUAUCCGGAUGAGCCUGAGCCGAAGGCCCACAGCGCAUGGAAGGUUAUCAGUUGGAUAUGGGACUAA